UGCCUCUCUCUCCGCCUCCACGGGCCUGCAGACCGGAAGCAGUCCGCGCCGGGGGCUUCUGGGAAGCGGUUUGUAAGCGGUGUUUCUGCGUCUGCCUUGGACAGCGAAGCUGCUACCUCCUGAGCCAGAGGAGUACCUGUAACGAACAAAAGCGUGGUACUUCCCUGAGGCUUACAUUCUGCCUUGUCUUUUCCUGAAGUAUAAAUCAGGAUGUCUACACAGUCAGUGGAAGAAGAUUCAAUACUUAUCAUCCCAACUCCAGAUGAAGAGGAAAAAAUUCUGAGAGUAAAGUUGGAGGAGGAUCCCGAUGGUGAAGAGGGAUCAAGUAUCACCUGGAACCAUCUCCCUGACCCAGAGGUUUUCCGACAGCGAUUUAGGCAGUUUGGAUACCAGGAUUCCCCAGGGCCCCGUGAGGCUGUGAGCCAGCUUCGAGAACUUUGCCGUCUGUGGCUCAGGCCAGAGACGCACACAAAGGAACAAAUCUUGGAGCUGGUAGUGCUGGAACAGUUUGUUGCCAUUCUACCCAAAGAGUUGCAGACUUGGGUCCGAGAGCAUCAUCCAGAGAAUGGAGAGGAAGCAGUGACAGUGUUGGAGGAUUUGGAGAGUGAACUGGAUGACCCUGGACAGCCGGUUUCUCUCCCUCGACGGAAACGGGAAGUGCUAGUAGAAGAGAUUGUAUCUCAAGAAGAAGCUCAGGGAUUGCCAAGCUCUGAGCUUGAUGCUGUGGAGAACCAGCUGAAGUGGGCAUCCUGGGAGCUCCAUUCCCUAAGGCACUGUGAUGAUGAUGCUAGGACUGAAAAUGGAGCUCUAGCUCCAAAGCAAGAGAUUGCUUCGGCUGUAGAAUCUCACGAAGUUCCUGGGACUCUCAAUAUAGGUGUUCCUCAAAUUUUUAAAUAUGGAGAAACCUGUUUCCCAAAGGGCAGGUUUGAAAGAAAGAGAAAUCCCUCUCGAAAGAAACAACAUAUAUGUGAUGAAUGUGGAAAGCACUUCAGUCAGGGCUCAGCCCUUAUUCUUCAUCAAAGAAUCCACAGUGGGGAAAAACCUUAUGGAUGUGUCGAGUGUGGGAAAGCGUUCAGCAGAAGUUCCAUCCUUGUACAACACCAGAGAGUACAUACUGGAGAAAAACCUUACAAAUGUCUUGAAUGUGGGAAAGCCUUUAGCCAGAAUUCUGGGCUUAUUAAUCAUCAGAGAAUCCAUACUGGGGAGAAACCUUAUGAAUGCAUUCAGUGUGGGAAAUCCUAUAGUCAAAGCUCAAAUCUUUUUAGACAUCAGAGAAGACAUAAUGCAGAAAAACUUUUGAAUGUUGUGAAAGUUUAAGAAGUUACAAAAAAAAAAUCAGCACUCAGGUCUUUUUCUUCAGAAAUGAAGACAAAAUUUAAAACAUGAAGUGAUACAGAAUAGUUUUUUUCCUGUUGACUCUCAGAAAAUCUACUGGGAAAUGCUAAAAAAAUCUUCACUCACCAUGAUUAUUUUAUCUUGAAAGAAAUGAUGUUAGCCUGCCUAGAAACUGAAAUUUUAAACUUAAUUCAGGUGUUAAUGCCUAAAUUUUCCAUGUGAUGGUUUUUUUUUCCAAAUAAUGAAUUACUUGGUUCUUUGUCCCUUUCUUAAAAGUUUCCUUUUUCAGACAGAUAACUUAUUUCUGUGUUGAUCAUUGAAAUGUUCUUUGUAAGGAUACAUUCCCUUCGCCUUUAAAAGGCAACAUAGGGAUUAUAAGUCUGAAAAACAUUUUAAAACCUUUUUUUUUUUUAAACUUACUGUUCUGUUUCCUUUUACCUAAUUUGAAUAUACAUUUAAGAAAAUAGAAGCUAAAAGAUGGCUAAAAGCCUCAAAAUAAAAUGAGCCUUAAGAUUUCAGAGAAGUUUUAGUGAUAAAACUUCAAAAAGUGAGCAGGACAUCUAGAUUGGGAAAGAUAUACAAAUACUUUAACCUUAUCAUUGAAGUAUAUCAGUUUAAGUGUAGUCAUUGCCUACAGAAAAACUUUUAAAAACACAUUUAAUCUGGGGGCAUCUUAUUAAUGAAAAUGUUUUCCCAUAUGUCAUUAAAAAUAGUUUAAAGAAUAAGCAAUUAUAAAGCUGAAGGUAGAAAUUAGAACACUAAGAAUUUGCAGUGAAUGGCAGUUAUUGAAAAGCAGAUGUUUUGGCUUUUAGAAGAAGAGAUUCAAAGAUCUAAUGCAUUCUUGUUUUGCCUUUAUCUUUGUUGCGAACAGCGUAUUCCCCAAUAGGUGGGCAACAAGUGUCAGGUUUGCUCUUUUUAUUUCUUUGGUACAGAAGGGUUGAACACCAGACUAAAAAUAGUCUUGCAUUUAUUAAACAUUUUUCUACUGACAAGGCACUGUGCUAGGUACUGUAAUCCUACCAUAAGUGGGUAGGUAUUUCUUCCACUGUAAAUCAUAGGGGGUUUGAUACAAAGCUGUUUUGUUUUAUGUAGUUAGCUUCUUUUCCCUGUCAGCAUUCCAAGAGGAGGUCACUGCUGAGAUUCUCAGAGCCAUAGUUCUCUCACCAGGGUGUUGUAUUUGGAGGGAAAGGAGGACUCAGCUCAAAGAGCUAGCUGGCUCUCCAGCAUUCUUCAGAGGUGAGUCCAAGAUAUACUUUAUCACACUUUGGCAGUUUAUAAAUCUUAAAAAAAACUGAACAAUCUAGUAGCAUUGAGGUUGUACCUAUCAGUGAGGUUGAAUGGACUGUUCUACUUUAAACAACUAGGCUAUUAACAGCUAGUUUAUUAACUAUCAGAAUUGAUUGAACUAUUUUUUUUUAAAUUUUCAGUCUUAACACAUUUAAAAAAUGUAUUAAAGUAAUACAUUGUAGUAGUAGGAUUAUAUACUCCUUGGCUGAGAAUCCCAAGUACUGUGGUUCUAUUAUUUAGUGGAAAACUCGGGAAGAUAAAGUAUUGAGUAUGAAAAAAGGCUUUUCAGAAAUGGGCAUCACGGUAUGGAAAAUGAUCCAUGUUAAUACAGAUAUUUAGUAGUUCCAGAUAUUUGGGUUAUAUGAGGUGCUUGGAUCAGAUUUUAAAAUGGAAGGUGAGAUUUGCAUGAGCCUGUUAAAAAGCAUAGUAGUGCUGGGCCAGCUGGUGGAAAAGUGAGGAAGAAUGGAGCUUGUUUAUAGAUUUUCUGAUAACAAUUAUAAGAAACGUGCUUUAUAGAUUAAGAUUUAUUGAAGUAUAAAUAUGUAGUAAUGAUAUAAUGUAUUUUAAGUUAUACAAGAAAAUGUAGGGACUUUUGUUUGGGUUUUUUACUCUUUGUGGCUGAGAGGAAACAAGUCAAUGUCUAAUAAAGCUAUAAACUCCUCUGCUCUUAAGUAAAAUGAUCUUGGGUUGAUUGAUUUAUUUAUUUAUAACUGGCUUUUUUCCAAGUAGGUUUUGAGGUGGUAUAUUUGGAAGACUGCUGGGAUGAAAGAAUUUUUGUGUUAGAGUAGGUAAGAAGGAAGUGGCCUCUCAGGCUGGAAAAUUCAUGCUUUUAAAUGUCUUAUAUAUUGCCCGUAUAUAAGGAAGUUUCCCUGUGAUAGAUUUGUCAUAAAUACCAAAGAUACUUGGUAAUGUGAGAGCACAGAAAAGGUAGCAUUAGAGUUGGCAAAUAUGUUUUUUGUCUUGCCAGCUCUGAUACCUGUGCAUUGUUUAGAAAGGAUUCUGAGGCUAAGGCAAGGCUUUGUGGGGAAAGAGGACUGGACCAAAAAUAAUUGGAUGAUACACGGGGAAAGGAAGUAAUGAGAUGUGCACUCACCAUCUCCAGCUAGGCUUAAGUCCCUGUGGACAAGUUGGUUCAAAAUAACUAGUGUAUUAUGAUAUCAUCCAGACAUUGAUUUAUACCCACACAGAUAAUCGUGGUAAUUUGGGGGGAUGCUUAGCUUCUAAUGAAGUGGUGAUAUGACAGUUACCAACCAGUGGCCCAACCAGGACUCUGGUUAGCAAAUGAAACUUGUGUUAGGGCGUGCAGACUGCUGGUGACCUGCUCAAUAGCCACUGAGCAUUUCUAGUUGCUAUUACAUUUUCUUCUGGUUUUCUGGGAGGUUAUGCUUUUCACAUUGACACUCAAUUGACAUUUGAUCAUUUAGCAGUGUUUGGAGGGAAAGGUUACAUGUAUUGAAAUAUUCAUGAUAAGCAUUGAAUUUGUCACUUACCCCUAUCACUUCUGUAGACUAGGAAAUCAAGAUUCAGAGACUUGCAUGUGGCCAAUUAGAGCUAAAACUCAAAUCUAGUUUUCUGGACUCCCAAGACACUUUUUCACUGUGCUGAGUAAUGCCUGCUAAAUCUUAGUUGAUAAAUACUACAUUUAUAUGUUCUAUGGUUAGCAUGCUCAUCUGAAUUUUUUACAGUACAGAAAUGUAAAAUGAAAAGGUCAUUUCCUUUCAUAGCCUUACCCAGAAGUGAUGAUAAUGUGGUUUGUUCUUCCAGAUUUAGCCAUACACAAGUUUAAGGAAAAAAAAAAAGUUAAUAGCUGACACUUAGGGUUGCUGUGUACAAGCACCAGUUGAAGUGCUUUACCAUGGAUUAACUCUUAAUCUUUGGCAAUGAUAUGAGGUAGGUACAUGCCCCAUUUUAACCAACCCCAUUUUGACAUAUAUUAAGUUCUUUAUAGAUACAGAUAGAGUAUAUUUAACAUUCCUGUACAUAUAUUUUGCUACCUAUGUGGGUAUUUCUGUAAUAUAAAUAGCUAGAAAUGGAUUUAUUGGUUAGGGAAUGCACAUUUGACAUUUUUGAGAAAUACCAUCAAAAAGAUUGUCCAAUUUAUAACUCCAUUGAUAGUAAAAAUGCCUGCUUUCCUACAGUCCCACCAACACUGCACCCUUAAAAGAUUUUUGCCCAUUUGAUAGGCAAAAUGUGUUUUAUCUUUUUGUUGUGCCUUUCUUUGAUUAAUGGGGAGGAACAUUUUUUCAUGUUUAUUGGCCAGUUUCAUUUCCUUUGUCAAUUGCUUUCAUUUAUUUUUCUUUAAUUAUGAAAGUAUAAAUGACUGCCUUCUAAUAUAAAAUUUAAUUGAUAUACAAGUGUAAGAACAAACACCAUUUUUCCUGGGCUCCCAGUCACAUUCCACUUUCCACAGUUUAGUAUAUUUCCUUCUACUACCCUUUCCAUACAUUUCCAUAUGAUUAGACAUAAGCAUAUAAACACUUUUUACAUAAAUAGGGUCAUAUAUAGGAAAUCCUUUUUUGUUUCAAAAAUUCUGAGGUCUUUAAAUUUCUUCAGUGGUUGAAUGGGAUUAAAUACUAUGACGAUAACAUUAUUUAUUCUCCAUUUUUCUUGUGCUAUUAUAUUGCCAAAGUAAACAUCUUUUUCAGAUGUCUUUGAGCAUAUGAGUGAAUAUUUCUUUAGAUUGGAGUCCUAUAAAGUGGAUUGUUGGGUUGAAAGGUUUGCCAUCUGACAGACCUACCUUAGCCUUCCAAAAUAUUUUCAUAACAUAUAUUUUCACCAACUGUAUGGAAAGUGUUCAUUUCCCCAUAUAGCCUUACCUAUACUUGAUAGUCUGUUGGGCAAAAGAGAGAAAAUCCUUACCUUGUUUUGCAUUUCCCUGAUAAGUAGUGAAGUUGGGUUAUAUUCAUGUUUAUUGGUCAUUUAUAGUUUUAACAUUGAUUGUACCUUUUACCUGCUUUUCUCUUGGGCUAUGUGGAUAUUUGUUGCUUUUGUUUGUUUAUCAUCUCUUUCCUCAUCUAGUAACAAAACUCUUAUUUAUUGUGGUGAACCCAUUCCGUGUGGCUUAGGUGAACACAUAAACAAGCUUGGUCUCCUGAGUCCCAUAGCUCCCUAGCCACAGCAAUUAAAGAAUGGACAUAUAAUUUAAGCCAGCUAAGGAGAGCCCUCAACAGAACUGCUGUAACUACUGGAAACAAGGUUUUAUGGAGAUCCCAGGAAGCAAAGAUAAUGUAAGCCUGAACUUGUACCAUAUGGAGAAAGUCUGUCUGUGGAGAAACUUGGAGGCUAAUAGAAAUGGAAAGAGAACUAAGUUCUGAUGUCAUUUUCCUGGAGGCCCUCAAUCCAGCUGUGCCUAAAGCCUGCCCUACCUCCGGACUUUAAAGUUUUGUGAGCCAAUAAAGUCCCUUUCUUGUUUUAAGAUAAUUGGAUUUGGUUUUUGUCCUGAUUAAUAUAGGUUAUUUGUAUUUUCUUAUUGAUUUGUAGAAAACCUUUGUAAUUUUAAAUUCUAAACUUAUACUUCAUGCGCUAUAUGUUAAUAAAACUAGCAUGGCCUUC